AUGACGGGGAAUGAGAAUUCCGGUAAAACUGGUACUUUAACAGGCUUCACAAUAGCCGAGGGAGUUCAUCAAGGGUCGGCUCUCAGCCCACUUCUCUUCAUAACAAUAUUUGCAGAUAUUGUAAUACUUGCCGAAUCCAAGGAUGAAAUGAAAGAACUAAUAGUGAGUUGGAUAAAUAUCCUAGAAAAGCAUGGACUAAAAGUAAAUAGAAAAAAGACGGAAUAUAUAGUGAUAGGAGAAGAUAAAACAGAGAGCAUUGACAUAAAUGAAUGGCAUAUACCGGCAAUUGAAAACUGCAAAUAUUUGGACUCCACUAUUCAAAACGGCACAAUAGAGAAAGAGAUAAAGAGUAAAAUUAAUCAAGGGUGUUCUGAAACAUGGCCAACCAAAGAAUCAGACGAGAGAAGUCUACAAACUAUGGAGAUGAGAAUGCUGAGGAUGAUUGCUGGGGUAACAAGAAAUAAGAUGCAAAGUACAAGAAUACUAGGAAGUUUAAUGGUAUUGGCCAUUAAGACUAAGAUAAUGGUAAACAGACUUAGAUGGUAUGGGUACACAAUGAGAAAGCCUAUGAACUAUAUAGGAAAUAAGGUUGAGAGUUUGGAAGUGAUAGGCAAACGUAAAAGAGGAAGGCCAAAACUUCUGGGGCCAUAA